GACUUUCUAGGAGCGUUAGCUUUGCUAUGUUGUUGUGUAUGAGCUGAAUAUUUGUGUACUAAUAUGCGUCCUCGGUGAUCCCAUCGUAUCCGGGCAGCACUAAAUGCUGGUGUGAACGCACUCGCCACCGUCAUAGUUGCCCUGGGACACUUGUUAUAUCUGCAUUAAUUUGGCGGUCUGAACGCAGUCCGUCCUGGGACAGACUGGAGGACCACCCGCUGACCCGACGUGACUCCACCAGAGCAGGAGAGUUAUCUGGACGGGUCCCUAUCAAAACUAACAUCUAAAGAGAUUGAAUAGCUAUCUGUAGUCUCUAAAUACAGUUGCUUUUUUUAUUUUUUAGAAUCGCCCUCAGUCAAGUUCUCUCAGCCGUCUGGAUUUUACUGAUCACUGGAAAUCAGUGGGCUGUAUGGACCAACCACAGCAUUAUGUCUCAAAGAAGGGGAAGUUCUGGAUCUGGGAUAGAAAUUCCAGUUUGGGCCUUGAGGAUGCUCAGCUGAUGGAGGAGGACCAGCAUGAAUUUGAUCAACAGAUCAAAGAGGAAGAGGAGGAACCAGAACCAGUACAGAUAAAGUAUGAACUGGAAAAAACAGAACAUCUACAAGUAAAGGAUGAACAGGAUGAAAACAAACCUCCACAGAUAAAUGGCAAACAGGAAGUAGUAGAAGCUCCUUUGAUAAGUGAGAAUCAGGAAGAAACAAAACCUUUCCAAACUAAAACAGAAAUGGAGCAACCAGAAACUCCACAGAUAAAGGAUGAACAGGAGGAACUCUGCCUCAGUCUUGAGAAGGAACAUCUUAAACUGAAGCAGGAGAUUGAACCAAUCAUGUUAAAUCCUACAUACAAGGAAAGGGGAAACAGGGAACCAGAUGUAAAUGGAGUCCAACUGUCUUUCCUAGUCUCCACUAAACCUGAGAACCAAAACCAGGAAAAGAAAUAUUACAAAGACAUAGGAUCAAGUAGUAAGAGGAGUCGGGAAAUCAGAGAUCUCUGUAACAACACAGAGGAAUCAACUGUAAAAAUACAAAAGAAAUGGCAAAUGAAUGAGAACCUUUCUUCUUGUAAACUUUGUGGUAAAUAUUUAAAUCGGACUUCUUUGGCUGAACACAUGAGAAUUCACACAGGUGAGAAGCCGUUCCCAUGUUUGACCUGUGGAAAAGAUUUUAGUGUAAGGCAAAGUUUAUCUCAGCACAUGAGAAUUCACACAGGUGAGAAGCCUUUCUCAUGUUUGACCUGUGGAAAACGUUUUAGCCUAAGACAACGUUUAUCUGAGCACAUGAGAAUUCACACAGGUGAGAAGCCUUUCUCAUGUUUGACCUGUGGAAAAGGUUUUAGCGUGAGAAAAAGUCUAUGCCAGCACAUGAGAACUCACACAGGUGAAAAGCCUUUCUCAUGUUUGACCUGUGGAAGAAGUUUCUCCGACAAAGGAGCAUUAACUAAGCACAUGAGAACCCACACAGAUGAGAAGCCUUUCUCAUGUUUGACUUGUGGGGAAUACUUUAGGCAAAAAGGUCAUUUAACUCAGCACAUGAGAACUCACACAGGUGAGAAGCCUUUCUCAUGUUUGACCUGUGGGAAAUGUUUUAGCGUAGGACCAAGUUUAUCUCGGCACAUGAAAACUCACACAGACGAAAAGCCUUUCUCAUGUUUGAUCUGUGGAAAAAGUUUCAAACUUAGAGGAACGUUAAGUCAACACAUGAUAACUCACUCAGAUGAGAAGCCUUUUAUAUGUUUGACCUGUGGAAAAUGUUUUAGCAUAGGACCUAGUUUAUCUCGGCAUAUGAGAACUCACUCAGAUGAGAUGCCUUUCUCAUGUUUGACCUGUGGAAAAAGUUUCAAACUAAGAGGAACAUUAAGUCAGCACAUGAGAACUCAUACAGACGAGAGGCCUUUCUCAUGUUUGACCUGCGGAAAAAGUUUCAAACUAAGAGGAACGCUAAGUCAGCACAUGAGAACUCACAGAGGUGAAAGAUUUUCUCCUACUUUGGAAAACGUUUCUUUAACAGAAGUAAUUUGACUGUUCAUUUCAGAAUUCACUCAGGUGAAAAGCUUUUCUAAUGUGUGAUGUGUGGAGACGUUUUAGCAAUAGAAGAAAUUUAGCUGGUCACAGGAGAACACACUCAGGUGAGAAGCCAGAUGCAUCAUUUCUGAAGAAUGUUUUAGGUAAAGAGGAGUUUUAUUUUGACAUGAGAUCUCACACUCAGAUAAAGAAACAUUUCUCAUGCUUGUAGAGAUUUCCCAGGUGAGAAAUUUCUUUCAAGCUGGAAGAGGACCUUUUCUGACUGAAUCAGUUUUUCGCUCUUAAGCAUUUGACCUGUCAUUCAAUGUUAGAUACCCUUUCCAUUGUGUUGAAAUGAAAUAACAUGCAUACUGGGGAUGAAAAGGACUAAGAAACCACUUUCUCAUCUGAGGAAUAAAAAUUGGCUUGGGGAAAACAAAUGACCGAUAGGACAUUAAAAAGAAGAACAGCCUACCAUUUUAUCCAAGAUAUUAUAUAUAGCUUAGCUUGGACUCCUCGUGUCUCUCCAGUGAAGAAGCAGGCUGAGGCUGUAGUUGCAACAUUCAGCUAGAGAAAACACUCAUUGUGGUCCACAGUUUUAAGUCUAAAAUAUAUACAGUACAGACUGACCAGAAACUUCUUUAAAUGAUUUAUGUUUAAAUGCCCCAUAUGCCAAAUGAACGUCUUCACAGACUGGAAGACGACCUGUGACAAAAAAUAAAUUACAAGUGGUAAAAACAUACACCAAACAUCACCAAUUGGCUUUCCCAUUUGGUGCCUAGCAAAAUGAUCUGAAUGAGUACAAGAAUGUGAUCUUAGUGUAUCUACUUUUAUGAUGUGAAAGGACAAAGUGGUCUUUGUUUGGGGUUCAUAGUUGCUUGUUUAUUGCAGAGCUAUGAUCUGAAAAAGCUUGAAGAUGUAAUGGAAAAAUCUAAUGCACAGCUUUUAUGAGAGUUCCAUAGUAAAACAAUGAAAUUGAGUGUAAAUAUUUCAGUGUUGCAUUGUUAUUCAUUAGGGAUUUUAUGGAGCUCUGUACAGUGGUACAAGUCUUGACCCUGUGUUGGGAGGGAGGUUUGAUCUUGAUACGUUCCUGGUGCAAGAGAGCAACAGAACCAAUGUCUCCUCCCUGCUGUUUAGUGAUACUGAGGAAAAUAACUGAGACAACUCAUCAGAACUCAUAUGCCUUCUAUAUGUAUGCAUGUUCUCUCCUUGUGCACAAGAUAACAAUUUUCCUAUAAAAGGUUUCUCACUUGAGUUGUUUUAGUUAAUAUUUGUUUCCCACCUGACCAGGUGGUGCUUUUAGAGCCAAAUCCAGCAUCCCUCGCUGCAGCUUCCUUUUCUGUUAUAGCGUCAAAUUUUGGAAUGCAAAUGUAAACCAUGAUAUCAGUGAUGCAUGGUGCGGAUUAUGUGCUUGCAAUGUUUAGAAUUUGUUUUUCUAUAUUGGAUGUUUUUUCUUUUUCUUGUGUAAUAAAGUAAAAGUACAAAAUCUGUA